GCGGGCCGUAAUUAUGCAGUUUUAUUUUUAGUUGCGACCAAUCCACAUCGAACAUUCAUUAUUUACGCGGUGACCAUCUCGAGCUCAUGAUCGAAAACGGUGUAUUACUUGUUAAACUUGUGUUAAUUUUAUAAACUUAGAAAAAAUGUUAGAAAACAUUGUCUGGAGGAAUGUGUUUAUAAUAUCAGCACUCCAUGCAGCAUCCUGUUAUGGCAUUUAUCUCAAAUCCUUUGAUAUACACCUUUACAGUCGGAUAUUCUUUUUAUUUUAUGCUCAUGUAAGUGGUUGGGGUGUCACUGCCGGACGCCAUAGAUAUUUCAGUCAUCGUUCAUUUAAAGGCAACCGUGCUGUGGAUAUUCUUUUAAUGUUGAUGACUUGCACAGCGUUUGAGCAAAGUAUUUUCACGUGGUGUAGAGAUCAUCGUCUUCAUCAUAAACACAGUGAGACAAAUGCUGACCCGUACAACUCUAAACGAGGAUUUUUCUUCUGUCAUCUGGGUUGGGUCCUACUGAGAAAACACCCUGAUGUCAAGGAAAAAGGAAAAUCCAUUGAUAUGUCCGACCUAAAAGCAAAUCCAACUGUUAUGUUUGAGUAUAAAUAUUGCCUACUACUCUCGUUCAUUUUUACAAUUAUUGUGCCGCUGGUGGUACCGAUGUACUUCUGGAAUGAACGAUUUUUAGUCGCCUUAUUCUAUGGGACAAUUUAUCGCUACGCAUUGGUGCUGCACAUGACGUGGAGUGUAAAUAGCUUUGCGCAUUUGUAUGGAAUGAGGACAUAUGACAAGUCUAUAAAGCCAGCGGAAAACAACUUAGUUUCUACAAUUGCGUUUGGUGAAGGAUUCCACAACUAUCAUCACACAUUUCCGUGGGAUUACAAAGCGGCUGAACUCUCGGGCGAUUUUAGAAAUAUGACGACAUAUUUAAUUGACUUAUUAGCUGCUGUUGGGAUGGUCACAGAACGGAAAACCGUGUCACAAAAUUUAAUCGAGAAGCGGAAGGAAAGGACUGGUGAUUCCACGUGGAAAGCCACCACAAGCAGCAUUAAAGACAUAUUCAUAUAUCUCACGUAUAUUUAUAUUGUCUCUUGAUUGUUAAUGAAAAACAAUUUAUUGCAGGAAGGAAUAAUUUAUAAUUACAUUAAAUAUUACCGAAAAGAGUGACUAAUUUAUAAAUUUAUUUAAAUUUAUGUAAGUUUGUAUUUGGUGCAUCAUUGCGCUCAAUUGUAUACAAUCGAUGCAAUUACGGUGAAACUUGAUGAGAUCCAUAAAACAAUGAAAUAAAUAUUUAAAUUUAUGUAUUAUUGAAUAAUUGAUGACGAGAACAUUCAAAAUUCAAUAAAAUUCAAUAAAAAUACUUAA